CUGAUGUAAAACAAAAGUUGAAGCUUAUUUCCCAACUUUUCGGUUGUUGGAGGAGUGAGAUGUUAGAGACCCAACCCCAUUCAGGACAGGUAGGUCGACUAGCGGAACAUCACCACACGGAUAUCGAACCGGCGGUCCUUCAGAUUCGAACGGCAGAGCUCUGAUUCUGUGUCACUGGUAUCUUGAGAAACAGUCUCAGAAAAAAAAGCUUGCGAAGUCGGUAUUCAAAAAUCUUUGAAAGCAAUUCACAUAAUUCACCUAAAAUGUUAUUACAAAGUUUCAAAAAAUAUAAUGUUACACUUCACAUUUAGAAACGUUUUCAAGGUUUCACAAAAUCACAAGCGUCACUGAGGAGCUCUAGAGUUACUUCCGGUUUUUUGUAAACUUCUAUCGCUGUCAGCUAUUGUUUAUACGAAAGUUUAGGCACUUUACUUUUGAAUUCAUUUCUGCCAUUGUUCAAAAUUCUGUAGGGAGGAGUGGGGGGGGAGUCAGAUAAUGACAUCCGCUUUUCUUUCAAAACCUCGUGAAUCAUGUUUCCUUAUUAACCAGAUGCUGAUGCCUAGUUCCUAUAAAGUGUCACGUGACAUUUUCCCUUCCCGUCUUCUCUCCUUUUCUAAACUAUAGACUCACAGGUCCGUGUAAAGAUUACUUACUCUGGGUGAGUAUAACGGUCGCAUGAAGGACUGUUUCAUUGUAGAUAUUUUUGCUCAGAUUGUUUGGAUUCACGUGUUGUGACUUACAAUACACGUAUCUAUCUCUUUAAAUUCUCAAUGGCCGAGUCAGUCGCAGUGCCGACCGUAUAGUGAACACUAGUCACAGGUCAGAGUUCGCCACUGAACUAAGUUCUGGUUUGUCCGAGCCGAGCUUUACACAGCUGUGUACUUACCGCGUAGACAAGAUGUUGGUUUGGAAGAAGUGUUUACAAUACUUGAACCUACAAACAGUUUGGCUUUGGCUGUGCACCAGUGGACUGUAGCUGUGCGAUGUGUCAGUGGUUUUUAUCGUCAAGUCCCUCCAUUAUCGCCGCCAAAGGACGGUCGGAACUUUACUCUGUGGUUACCUCCAUUGCGCAUGUCAACCACUCAUGGAGGACAGAAACAGUUCUGAUGCCCUCAGCCGGCGUCUCGGGUCAUCUUUAUCAUCGUCGGCAGCUCGGAGAUCGUGUGCGGGGUCAGCGGCAACCUGCUGCUGUUGUUGUUCCUGGCCACCAGGUAUUCCCUGCACACACACACGGUGCACAACCUGUUCAUCGUCAACUUGGCGCUGACAGACGUCUUCUCGCUGGGCUACUGGCUGGUCUUCUUCGUUCUCGAUUCUGUACUUAGGCUACAACCCUGUGGUCAACGACGGUCACUGCGUGGCCAACGGUGUCAUCGUCGCCACCAGCACAGCGGUGUCUGUAUUGUCCCUCGUCAGCAUCUCCGUGAAUCGCUACCUACACGUGUGUCACUACCGGUUCUACCAGAGGAUGUUCACCAAGUCCCGCACAUCAGUCACCUGCAUCGCCUGCUGGGUGCUGGGCUUCAUGCUCUCUCUCCCUCCACUGGUGGGAGUCGGCUCGUACUGCUAUUACCCCAAAGCACACGUUUGCUCCUUCUGUAGAGAGGGACAUCAGAUAUACCCCAAAGUGGUGAUCGCUGUGUUGACCAUAAUCCCCAUGUGCAUCAUUGGAUACUGCAAUUAUAGUAUUUUUCGCUACUGGAAGACCGCGUAUUCAGCUAAAAAUAAGGCACAACGCUUCCAGAAGAAACCGAAGAGGAAAGACAGGAACGUGCGACCUGCAAGCGGCAACGAGGCUGAGCUGCCAAAUGUAACCUUUGAUCCUGAGAACGAUCCAGUGUCGACGACCAACGACAGCGACUACACCAGAGACUGGAGAAGAACCGCCAAGAGCUGCCCCAUGGUGCAUCCGCAUCACAGAAGCAGCCAAGCUGGGAAUAGGAAGUCUGGAAGGCAAGUAGACGCGUCCACAGACAAUCUGAGCGAGGAUGUCCUCACCAGCAUAGAGGCACCUGAUGAGUUGGAGGAGUGCUCGCGUACUCCAGACAGCGAUCUGUGUAGCUCCAGCGAGGAGUACUCAAGAUUCCCCAGCGACACAUGUAACCCACAGUCAAGUAUCGCCAGAAGCGAAGAGCAGACAGCAGGACAGAAAGGUCUGGACACACGACUCGAUGGAGAGGCAUGUUGUGAAGCUCUGAGGUCAGAGGUGGACAAGGAACACCGCGAUUCCGAAAAGCACGCGACAGACGAGAACGGAGACGAGCAAUCAAAAGAGACCUUAUCGGGAGGAAACCAUGAAGACUUGGAGGCUGAGUUGCCGAACAACCAAAAGAGCUCCGUGAGGAAAUUUCCCUUCAAAUCAAACUCGACUCGCACUAAGGGAAGCCGCUGAAGGAGUUCAAGACGAACAGAAACACAUUCGCGCAGCACGUUAAAUACAAGGGAGAGAAGCGGAGAGCGAAGGAGAAGGCUUUUGUUCGCUCCCUUUUUGUCGUCGUGGUUCUUUUUUUCUGCUGUUUUCUCCCGUUCACAUUGGUCCACGCUGUGGAUUCUUACCGCCAGUUAGCCCCGGAAGUUGUCAUCUCCGCCGACCUCCUCAUGUUUCUCAGCAGCACGGUCAACUGGAUUGUGUAUGGGGUCAUGAACCCGUCCUUCCGGCGGGGCUACAAGAAGCUGCUGAGCAGGGUGCAGUGGGCGCUGUGCCGGAGACCAGACUCGUUGGAGCUGGGUGUGGGAGGCUCUAUGAGCAGCCUCACCAUCAGCUGGAGUCGCUGCACCAAGACACAGUGAGCUCGUGUGUAUAGAAAAUGUUCCGAGACGCUUUUUGUGUAGCGGGGGCUGGUGACAUUAUUUGCACAAACAGGACCCCUGGCCUGAAAGCUGUAUACACUGUAAGCCUGCGGUCUUUAACAUUGCGAACCUUCAAUCUGUGUCACUAUGAGCUCAUGUUUAUCUUUCAGGAAGGUGUGGCUAGUUUUUUAUCCCCAAAAAAACAGGUUUUU